AUGACCAAGAUUUUCCCCAAACUGAUGUCAGGCACCAAACCACAGAUUCAGGAAGCUCAGAGAACACCAAACAAGAUAAAUGUCCAAAAAAUUACAUACCAUCUGGGUUUUUUUCGUUCCGAGAUUGCAGCCUCCAGCCACACACGAGUGCUGGAUAUGUACCAGGCAAUGCUGAGGGAGAGCAAGCACUUCAGUGCCGACAACUACAGAACUUACACCAUCAGGAGGAUAAGAGAUGUCUUCAGAGAAAAUAAGAAUGUAAAGGAUCCUGUAAAAAUUCAAGCCCUAAUGAAUAAAGCCAAAAGAGACCCUGGGAUAAUCCAUAGACAGGUCCACAUUGGCCAACUAUAUUUGACUGACAAGCUUGUCAGUUAGAAUCAAGAGAAGCCCAGGACCUAGGGAGCUGGGACCAGCCACCACCGGCAGCCAUGGACCACCUUCAGCAUCCAUUCUGCUUUGCAUGGGGGCUCCCAGCAGACCACGAGUGGCCUUUGCAUCAGCUUUAAAUAGGCUCUUGCUGUAUCUGCCCUAAGAACUGAUAAACUGAAUGAGGUUUCCAUUCUUCUGCAGCCUUAGUGACAAAGGAUGGCUGUCUCUCCUUGGUUCAAGUGUUAGAAUGAAGAGCUGGAGCUCCUCAAAAGACUGUUGUGUAUUAUUGUGUCUCCUCCACCCCACCUCUCUUUUGUAGCUCCUCAGCACUUGUAUAGAGCAUUUCCAGAUUUUGUUUGUUGGUCCU